AUAUACUGAGAGGGCUCAUGUUGCACCACCCUCGUCCGUUCCAGUCUGCUGCUCAUAGCCACAAACGCAAAACGACUCCCCUGGCGCAAGCCAAUCGUGCAUUCCACCUGUUUAGGCUCGCGAUCCCUGCAAUUCACAGUGCUGUACCUUCCUAUUCUGCUGCUCCACGCCAGCAGAGACUUGCACAGACCCAUCGGGCCGCCACGCUCGUGCGUGCCGUCGCUUCCCCAGCUUCAGCAAUGGUGCAUACGAAGGACCAUGGCAGUGUGCGCGCUGAGGUCGCCGACCUCUUCCGGUCGGCGCUGAACACGGCGUACCCAAACGCCGGCAUUGAGCCGGUUGUCGCGGCGUGCAACAACGCUAAGAAUGGCGACUAUCAGUGCAACAACGCGAUGGCGCUGUUUGGCAAGCUGAAGGGCACGGAGAACGCGCCCAAGGCUCCUCGCGACGUCGCGAACGCGAUUCUUGCAGCGCUGCCGGCGAACGAUCUUAUUUCGGAGACCAGCCUGGCCGGGCCGGGUUUCAUCAACAUCCGCCUAAACAAGGACGCUCUGGCUCGCCGCGUGGGCUCUAUGCUCACGGACGGCCUGGCCAAGUUCGCGCCGGAGGGCCACGCGGGCAAGAAGGUCGUGAUUGACUUCUCCUCGCCCAAUGUGGCCAAGGAGAUGCACGUGGGCCACCUGCGCUCCACCAUCAUCGGUGACACGCUGUGCCGCGUAUUCGAGUACUGCGGCUCUGACGUGCUGCGGCUCAAUCACGUGGGCGACUGGGGCACCCAGUUCGGCAUGCUCAUUGAGCACAUGGCGGACACUCGCAAGGCGCGGGUUGCUGCGGGUGGCGAGGACGCGGACAAGGACGAGGACGUGGCGGACCUGCAGGAGCUGUACCGCGCUGCCAAGAAGCGGUUCGACGAGGAGGAGGAGUUUAAGACCCGCGCCCGCGAGGCCGUGACCCGCCUGCAGAGCGGCGACGCCACCAGCCUGGCCUCGUGGCAGCGCAUCUGCGCCGCCUCCCGCCGCGAGUUCGAGGCGCUGUACACCCGCCUGGGCGUCACGCUGCAGGAGCGCGGCGAGAGCUUCUACAACCCCAUGCUCAAGGGCAUCGUGGACGGACUGAAGGAGACUGGCGUGGCCACCAUUGACGACGGCGCCACGUGCGUGUUCGUGGAGGGACAGUCCGUGCCGCUGAUUGUGCAGAAGAGCGACGGUGGUUUUGGCUACGCCUCCACGGACAUGGCGGCACUGCACCACCGCCUGAACGAGGAGAAGGCGGACUGGAUCAUCUACGUCACAGACGUGGGCCAGUCUCAGCACUUUGAGCUGGUGUUUGGUGCGGCCAAGAAGGCGGGCUGGCUCAAGGAGGCCGCCGGGCCCAAGGUGUCACACGUGGGCUUCGGCCUGGUGCUGGGCGAGGACGGCAAGCGCUUCCGCACCCGCUCCGGCGACCUGGUGCGCCUGGUGGAGCUGCUGGAUGAGGCCAAGAGCCGCUGCGCCGCGACUAUCCGCGAGCGCCGGCAGGAGGCGGGCGAGGAGAUCGUGGAGGCGGAGGUGGAGGAGGCGGCGUGCGCCAUGGGCUACGGCGCCGUCAAGUACGCGGACCUGAAGAACCACCGCACCACCAACUACAAGUUCUCCUUCGACGACAUGCUCAACCUCAAGGGCAACACCGCCGUGUACCUGCUGUACGCGCACGCGCGCAUUGCGGGUAUCGUGCGCAAGGGCGGCAAGGACGUGUACGCGCUGGCCGCCUCCACGCCCGUGACGCUGGAGCACCCCAAGGAGCUGGAGCUGGCGCUGCACCUGACCAAACUGCCCGAGGCGCUGGAGGACGCCAUUGAGGAGCUGGCGCCCAACCGCAUCACGGACUAUCUGUACGACCUGAGUGAGAAGUUCAACAGCUUCUAUGUGGACUGCAAGGUGCUGGGCAGCGAGCAGGAGGCCAGCCGCCUGCUGCUGGUGGAGGCCACCGCGGUGGUCAUGCGCAAGUGCUUUGAGCUGCUGGGCAUCAAGCCCCUCUACCGCAUCUAAAGCGGCUGUAGCGCGUGGCUAUGGCUGCGAGCGGAAGCUGGCACAGCGGGUUUACUCAUGGACGGACGAUGUGGGCGGAGUAAGGGAAAUCGGGGUAGUCGGAUAACGCGGCUGUGUGGGCGUACGAUAGGAUGCAGCGGUCGCACUGGUGGCGGUGGUGGAGCAGCGGUGCAUGAUACGGAGCGAUGCAUGGCAAGGGCGCGGAGUGCAUGCGUGAGCCACGAUGCGUGUCGUGUGAUGUUGGGGGCCAAGCAGCCCAUCACCGGGGAGUAGUGGGCAGACCGGGGGAGGGGCAGACGUGUUGAGCAGGACGUGUAAGGACUUGCAUUCACCACGCAUCCUCAAAUUAGUUUGUGGAUGGAGCGUUUUGCAUGUUGCAAGGCCAACCUAGUGCCCUCUUGCCAUCACUCCAAGAGUCCAAGUAGGCGGCAGGUCCAAAUCGGCUGAAGCGGCCUCACGCGUCCAUGGACAAUUGACUUUCGCGGCAGUGGUGCACGGUGUUGCAGGGCCUGGCGGCGGCAGCGACGGCGCAGGGCCUGGCGGCGGUAGCUGCGGCGCAGGGCCUGGGCCCACGGCCCAGCAGUGGAGGCGUGCAUGGGCGUAGCAGAGGGGGCAGACAAGGCCACGUGGUGACGUGGCGCCGCCCAAGUAGCGGCGCCGGCGCGCAGGUUGAGGCCUGCCAGUGUCUGGUUUGCGGUCUUUGCUGGCGAGCAUAGCACAUCAUGUAUGUGGUUGUCCUGUGCUUGCUGUGCUUGUGCUUGACAGCGGAACGCGGCUGGACACAUAGGCGGGGGUGCCUGUACGAACCGAUCCCGGCUAUGUCCAGGACGUGAGGUACGGUAGUUCUGAAACCUUGGGCCUCA